GAGAUGCACCCCACACUCUUGGGAGCAAGAUUCCAUGCAAGAUCUCAACAAGCUUCUCAAGGAGACCAACCUGACCAUAGGGAAGGAAGACACUUGGACCUGGGAACGAGAUAAGUUGGGUGAUUACUCUCCAAGCUCAGGAUACACUGCUUUGGUCCAACAUCAACCCACACCAUACCAACAAGUUUUUGAGAAGAUUUGGAACCCCCUUAUUCCUCACAAAUUAUCGCAAAAAUCUGGUCAAUGUGCUUCGAAUGGUGGGGCUUCUCCACUGCCAUUGCUGGUUCAUGUUGGGAUUCUUUCAUCCAACAUGAAUCCUUAGCUACUAAAAGUAGUGAACGACUGGGUUGGAUUAUAGUGUGGUUUUUUCUUGUCUGGACCAUCUGGAUUACCAGUAAUGAGGUAAUCUUUAGAGGUAAAUCAAUGGAAUUGACAAAGACUUUUGAUCAAGUUCAAGCUCAAGCCUUCCUCUGGGUCAAGAGCAAAGGAAAGGAAGUACAUUUCUGCUUCUCUGACUGGAUCUUAAACCCCAGGUGCUGCAAGUUUUUGUAAAUGAGUCUCCCAACACUAUACUGUUUUUUGGUUCUUCAUUCUACCAGAGAUUGACUAAUGUAUACGGGUUUGGGUACUUCUUGUACUCAUUCAAUUAAAUCUUUUGCCUUUCG